CCUUCUAUGCUCCACGUACAACUAACAAGUUAAGUUAGAAUUGAUUGAUACUGUCAUAAAGUUUUUUUUGGGAACAUGGCUGUCUACAUCUCAUCGGAUUCCGGUCGCGGCGAGGUGGUUUGUGUCACCGGAGCCGGAGGUUUUAUUGCAUCUUGGCUGGUGAAGCUUCUACUUGAGAAAGGUUACACUGUUAAAGGGACCGUCAGGAAUCCCGAUGAUCCGAAGAACUCUCACUUGAGAGAACUACAAGGAGCAAAAGAGAGACUCAUCCUCGUCAAAGCCGACCUCCUGGACUACGACAGUCUCCGGUCAGCUGUCGAUGGCUGCGACGGCGUUUUUCACACCGCAUCCCCAGUCACCGAUGACCCGGAGAAGAUCGAGCCGGCCGUGGCCGGGACCGAGAACGCCGUGCGUGCUGCUGCGGACGCUAACGUGCGCCGAGUGGUGUAUACGUCUUCGAUCGGAACGGUUUAUAUGGACCCGAAACGCGCCCCUGACGCAACCGUUGACGAGUCUUACUGGAGUGAUCUUGACUACUGCAAGAGCACCAAGAACUGGUACUGCUACGCGAAGACGGUCGCGGAGCAAGUGGCAUGGAGGGCAGCCGCCGAGCUGAACGUCGACUCGUCGUCAUCAACCCGGUCUGACGGGCCUUCUUCAGCUACGAUCAACGCGAGCACGGCCCACGUCAUGAAGUACCUGACGGGCUCAGCCAGACGUACGCCAACGCGGCCAGGCCUACGGUACGUGAGAGACGCGGCGGCCGCCCACCUGCGGUCUACCGAGUCGCCCACGGCGAAGGGGAGGUACAUUUGCGCCGAGAGCAUGCUGCACCGCGGCGAUGUGGUCCGCAUCCUCGCCCAGCUUUUCCCGCAGUACCCUUUGCCGACAAAGUGCUCGGACGAGGUUAACCCGGCGAAGAAAGGCUACGAGUUCACAACGCAGAAGAUCAGAGAUUUGGGAAUCAGUUUCACCCCUGUGAAGCAAUGCUUCUACGAAACUGUCAAGAGCCUUCAGGAGAAAGGCCACCUGGAUUAGACAACUCGUGUGCACAUAUAUAUAUAUUUUUUUAAAAUUGUCGUUUGACCUGUUUUAAAAAAAUAAUGUUAAUUAUUCUUUGCGUAUAUGUAUGUACUAGUCUUUAUGCACGUGCAUUGCACGCGAUUAAAUAUUAUAAUUAUUUUUUUUA